AUCAUCAACACCUUCGAGGAAAACAAACAUUAGCGAAAAUGCCAUCCCCCUCAACUCCCCCUCGAGAAUCUACCCCCCUACCACCUCCCAAACUCUACGACAUCCGCGAAGCACCGACCUACACAACCUCAAAUACAACAGCCUGGAAUGAUUCCUACAAAAACGACUCUGAAAUCGCCAUCGUGAUCGACAAUGGCACACCUCCCCCUCUCUCUCAUUUCCCUCUUCCCUGCUGCUCACAUACUAACAUUAUCGCAGGCUCAUGGCAAACCCGCGCCGGCUUCUCCCACGAUCCCCUCCCACGCCUGGCCUGCCCGCCAAUGGUGUCCAAGUACCGCGACCGUAAAGCGCAGAAGACAUACACGGUGGUUGGGAACGAUGUGUUCGCUGAUCCGAACUCGCGCGGGCAGGCCAAGAAUCCGUUCGAUUCUAAUGUUGUUUCCAAUUUCGACCAGAUGGAGGCAUUGCUAGACUAUUGCUUUAUCAAUCUAGGUGUCGGCGGGGAGGGGGGUGGUGGGGUAGGACAUCCAUUGGUUAUGACUGAGGCGGUUUGCGUGCCGGGGUAUAAUCGGAAGAUGAUGAGCGAAUUACUCUUUGAAUGUUACAACGCGCCGUCUGUCAUCUUUGGUAUAGACUCGCUCUUCUCCUACGACUACAAUGACGGGAAAACUGGCCUUGUACUCUCCGCCGGGCAUACGGCUACGCACCUCAUCCCCGUUGUAGAGGGGAAAGGCCUCGUGAACCUCUCCACAAGACUAAACUGGGGAGGUUCCCAAUCCGCCGACUACAUGCUCAAGCUCAUCCAGUUAAAAUACCCCGGUUUCCCGGCAAAGAUUCAGAGCUGGCAAGCCGAAGCACUCAUGAAGGACCACUGCUAUGUAAGCUCGGACUACAAGGAAGAGGUAGCAAACUACCUGAAACCUGAAAUCCUGCUAGAGAAAGACAGAAUAAUCCAGUUCCCCUUCACCGAGACGAUAAAGGUGGAGAAAUCGCAGGAGGAACUCGACCGCAUCGCCGAGCGCCGCAAGGAAAGCGGUCGCAAGCUCCAGGAACAAGCGGCCAAGGUCCGUCUGGAGAAACUCAUCAAAAAGGAGCAAGAAUUAGCCUUCCUGAAAACGCUCCAAGCGCGGCAGGAGACGGACUCAAAGCGCGACUUCAAGCGCCUCCUCGAGCAAAACGACUUCCGCGACGAGGCGGCGCUGGAAAGGUCCAUCCGGGAACUCGACAAGACCGUCCGCCGCGCACGCAAGCAGGACGUGGGACCGAAGGAGGAGGCGGCGAACAGCGCCCCACCCUCAUUCCCACUGCUCGACGUACCAGACGAGGAAUUGUCGGACGACAGUAAGAGGGUGAAGCGCCACCAGAAGCUAAUGAAAAGCAACCACGAAGCCCGGCUCCGCGCCAAGGCCGAGAAGGAAGCCGAGCGUCAACGCCUGGAAGAUCUAGAACGCGCCGACGCGGCGAAACGAGAAGCAGACCUCCCUGCCUGGUUAUCCACCCGCCACGCCGCGCGCGCCGCCGUCCUGACAAAGAUAAAAGACCGCACACGACUUCGCAACGAACUCCUAGACCGCAAGAGCCUCGCGUCGCAGAUGCGCAUGAAGUCGAUCGCAAACCUAGCCUCCGACUCCCCACCAUCCAAAAAGCGCCGUCGCGGCGCCGGCGCUCCCGGAACAUCAAGUGGACCCGGUGGUAGCGGCGGCGGGGGGGGCGCCAUGGAUGACGAUAACUUUGGUGCAAACGACGACGACUGGAGCGUAUACCGCAACAUAACCCUAGGCACAAACUCAGAUGAGGACGAGGAGGACAACGAACUCGCCAAGGAGCUCAAAACGAUCGAGGACCAACUCCUCCUUCACGACCCACACUUCGACCGCAAUGACACGCACGAGGCCAAGAGCGACUGGCGCGCCUCACUCCUCCACGCUUUCACCCGCGGCGUGCGAGAGCAUGACGUAGAUGACCAGGCGCAGGGCUGCCAGAUCCACCUGAACAUCGAGCGCAUCCGCGUUCCCGAGGUCCUCUUCCAGCCCGGAAUGGCGGGACUCGACCAGGCCGGCGUCGUCGAGAUCGCAGGGGACAUCCUACUCCAGCGCGUAUCGGACGAGCGGGUUAGGGAGUGCGUGCUCAGGGACGUGUUUCUGACCGGCGGGGCUGUCGCCUUCAAAGGGUUUGAUGAACGUGUUCGACGGGAGGUGAGGGAGAUCAUCCCUGCCGGGAGCGAGUUGCGGGUGCGCAGAGCCGGGAACGCGGUGCUUGAUGCGUGGAGGGGCGCCGCCAGGUUCGCCAAGGGGGAUGGGGCGGGAAAGGGGAAGGGAGGUGGAUGGGUUACGAAGGGGAUGUGGGAGGAGGCGGGAGGGGAGUAUAUCCUGGAGCACCGACUUGGUAACGCUUUUUGA